UCAAACAUUUCUCUCUUUUUUUACUCCUUUUACUCGUUUCUCUCUCCUCCUCCUCUCACUAACUCACUCUGGUCUCUGCUGAGCUGGUGCGGACAGGACGUGCGGCGGCUGGUGGAAGCUUGAGGCGAGGCAGUGGCCUCUGAAUGUCUAUGUCAAUACUUCAUAUUUGAUUAUGAAGGUCAAGGUUGUCUGCAGGAAACUUUAUGAUUAUGUUCGGUAUGAUUUAAAAGAAAUAGCAUUUCCUUCCUCGUUGCCUGAUCCACCUCACAUAAAAAAGCGGCGAAAAUUGACUUGGAAGGAAUCUUAUUAUGUCAUAAAGGAGGCCUCCCGCCUUUAUGCCGCAAGCUGGGUACGAGACAUUGGUCCUGAACUCCGUCCAAAUGAUUAUAAGAAAGAAGAAAAUGCUGAUAGGAUUGGUGGAGUAGAUGAGAAAAAAGAGAAAGAACCAACAACACUAGAGGAUCUUGCUGUUGCUGCUAGAGGAGGGAUGGAGACCCUAAAGCCCGCUCUGCAGCGACUGUACAUGACAAGAGCUUCAGCCUACAAGGAUGCUAUGAAGAGUUUCAUCGAGGGAUACCAGGAAGGUGUUCAGCAUAUUAUGGACAAGAAGGAAGAGUCUGAAUCUCAAAAACCUGAAGAUGAUGCAAAAGUCCACUUGACCUCUAACAGAUGAAAUGUUCGUGAGUUCUGUUUCCUUUCACCAGUUUUGAUGUUUUCUUGUACAUAUUUGGUUAUGCAACCUGUGCAAUGAGCGGUAUCUCAUACAUCGAACAUAGGUCUUGAGUCAGUUUACAGAACAUGGUAUCUGGCAAACAUAGAAGAGGUAAUUUUGUAGUUUUACCUUAGUGGGCCUCGCCUCCACCCUCCCCUUGUGCUCAACAAAACCUGUUAUGUAGAUAGUCUUUCUCCAGAGUCUUUUUUCCACUUUGCGAAGAGGAAGUGAAAACAUUGUCAAUCUCGAUACUUGUUUGACCAGCAACUGCCUGUAGUAAAUAGACUGUUGAUCUUUCUGGGCUAUCUAGAUGUAGAAAGUGAUAAUAAUAGCUGAUGUAAUUGAUAACAAGGACUUGGCACAACUUGGCCCUUGGAUGGUGGUUUUAGUGUUCGAGUGUCCGAGCAGAAAGAGCGGAACCUGCAGCAGCAUGCUUUGGGGGUGAAGUAAGACACAAAAAUGGCACUUCUGGAAGGAAAUGCUUUUAUGAUGUGGAUUAGUGAUUUUGGGGAUUUAGGAAUAUUGGAACUCUUUUAGCUUUUUGAUUCAAUUAGAAUGCUAAAAUGUAUUAACUAACAGUUUUGCAAUCUGGAUUGGCAUUUUAAAAGUUGAA